AUGUCGCUGCCUGCCUUCCAGCGGGAUGCAGGCUGCCUGCUCAUCUCGGAAGUGCAUCUCUUCUUUUCGCGGCCGGGCGAGGCGAAUGAACGCGACGGUUUGUCCGCCUUGCUGAUCAAGCAUGCCGCGCAGCCGGACCUGGACGGCGAUAUGGGCGACAGCAAGGGCCUCCAGCUCUCGCAGUUCGAAAUGGCGCAGCUGGCCAACCUCCUCGCCAGCAAGGACGAUGCACAACUCGAGUCUCUCCUGAACGAACUGUCAGCUAUUUGGAAGUUCGCUUAA